AUCUCAAGCUCCACUGGGAGGGGACGACGCGGCGGCAAGCCCCCUAAAAAGUCCCUAAAACUGAGUGAAAGGACACUGUACACUUUGUUUUGUUUUUCUGUCCGGUUAUUCCUGCGCAGAGGUGAUGCUGGGGGUGGCCGGUAUGCCGGGCAGCAUGGCCAACGCCCUGGCCAAUGCAGCCUGCGAGCGAUGCAAGAGCGGCUUCGCCCCGACCGAGAAGAUUGUCAACAGCAAUGGAGAGCUGUAUCACGAGCACUGCUUCGUGUGUGCACAGUGUUUUCAGCAGUUUCCUGAUGGACUCUUUUAUGAGUUUGAAGGGAGAAAAUAUUGUGAGCACGACUUCCAGAUGCUCUUUGCUCCUUGUUGUCACCAGUGUGGGGAGUUCAUCAUUGGCCGCGUCAUUAAGGCCAUGAACAAUAGUUGGCACCCCGACUGCUUCUGCUGUGACAUUUGCCAGGCUGUGCUAGCAGACGUGGGGUUUGUCAAAAACGCUGGCAGGCAUCUCUGUCGCCCGUGCCAUAACCGUGAGAAAGCCCGCGGCCUGGGCAAGUAUAUCUGCCAGAAGUGUCACGCCAUCAUUGAAGAGCAGCCACUAAUCUUCAAGAAUGACCCCUAUCACCCAGACCACUUCAACUGCAGCAACUGCGGGAAGGAGUUGACGGCCGACGCCAGAGAACUGAAGGGCGAGCUCUUCUGUUUACCCUGCCACGACAAGAUGGGAGUACCGAUCUGCGGCGCCUGCAGGAGGCCCAUUGAGGGGCGUGUUGUUAAUGCCAUGGGCAAGCAGUGGCACGUUGAGCAUUUCGUGUGUGCCAAGUGUGAGAAGCCUUUCCUCGGUCAUCGCCAUUAUGAGAGGAAGGGCUUGGCUUACUGCGAGACUCAUUAUAACCAGCUGUUCGGUGAUGUGUGUUAUCACUGCAACCGUGUGAUUGAAGGUGACGUCGUGUCUGCGCUCAACAAGGCCUGGUGUGUCAGUUGUUUCUCCUGCUCCACCUGCAACACAAAGCUCACUCUCAAGAACAAGUUUGUGGAGUUUGACAUGAAGCCCGUUUGUAAAAAGUGUUACGAGAAGUUUCCUCUGGAGCUCAAGAAACGGCUGAAGAAGCUGGCAGAGUCGUUGGGACGAAAGUGAGCUGAAAUAACGUGCAUGCGUUUCUGGUACAACUUCUGAGCCCGGCACUAUACUAAGAUGUGUAAAUCUGGGAUCCGUGUAAGACACACACACACACCACUAUGGUCUUGUUGUAAGCACGAGGAGCUUGGAGAUUUCUUUUGCUGUUUUUAAUAUGCAAAUGCUUUUUAUUUGCAAACAUUCCUCAGUAAUCCAAAUGUGUAAUUCUUUGUGAGGCGAGACAUAUUGACGUUCCACUUUGUCGUCCCUCCACCACCAGUCUAAUUGGCAGCUCUUGUGUGUAAACACUUGAAUUUAAAAAAAAAAAAAAAAAAAGAUUGUUUGCCGUCGUUCUUAAGUUCCACCUGUGCCUUGAAUAUAUGAACUCUGUGUAUUAAAAUGCAAAUAACAGUGAAGAUGUAACUUGCAUAAAUGUGUAAUUCUGUUAAGCCUUAGUGUAUCUGUCUUAAUUAGAAUAUCUACUGAGAGCAGAGUUUUAUUAAGUUUUUUUCACCUUGAGCUUUCAUACCUCAGUGUGAUUAAUUACAAAGAAACCACUGUGUACUUUAGGCGUAUUUUAAUGGUGCCUUAUUCUUCUUAACACGGAAAAAUAAGUAUUAUGUCUCAAGGAAAACUCAGUUGAGCUACACCUGGAAGAAAGCCUCAUCUACUAAGUAUUGUGCGUUAAUAAAAUCAAACCAACGUUAAUAUUGAAUGAAUGUUUGAAAUAUUUAAAGUUGAGAGAUUCUGGUGUCUCCAGUUUAAUCAGCCCAGCAGGUCAGAUAUAAUUCCUCAGGUAAUUAUUUUAGUCAAAGGAAAAUCACCAGGCCACAACCGGGGCUUGUAAUCUUAGGAGAAAUAAUGCCUUUAGUGGAUUCUAGUUAUUGAAAAGAGGCGAAAUCCCUGAGGUAUCCUGUUAGUGUGAAGAUGUUUAGUAUUCUUCCCGUGUGUACGGCUGUGUAGUGUUAUUGCUCAUACUGUAAACGCCCGGGGCUUGUUGGUAUAUUUUUAGACAAAUUAACAUUUGCAACUUUCUGAGGAAAACAGUUCAAAGGAGUCCCGAUGAACUGAACCAUCAUCCGGGUUUUUAACAGGAGAAUGCUUUGAUGUUAAAAUAUCACUAAUGAGUCAGCGGAUUGCUCGGCUCAUUUGUAAACAGGCGAUUGUGUUAAA